AUGUUCGCCGGCUACCAAAACCAGCAAGCAAUAGCUAUUUCACCAAGUUCCAUAUACCCCUCAACGUCAUCGAUUUCCCCUCCUACUGUCCCACCUCGCAAACCCGAUGAUGUUCGGAGACCAUCAGCUUCGGCUCAAACUACAGCUCCCACUGGACUGAAUGCGCGAUCAUGUGUUACAUGCCGUAGACGAAAGGUCAAAUGCGACAAAAAGGUGCCUUGCUCGAAUUGUACCAAGGCGCAAACGCAAUGUGUCUUUCCAGCACCGGGUCGAGCGCCUAGACGCCCUAGGGCUGGAGGAAAGCUGGUCAGCGAUCGAGAAGCAGAACUUUUGAAGAGGCUUAGAAGGUUGGAAGGGGUCGUGGAAGAGCUCAGCGGACAAGUGGAGGGGGAAAGUUCGAAGCCUUCGCCAUCGAGCGAUCAUUCCUCCCCGCGCAACAGAGAUAUUGAGUCAAGCAGUGAUACUACUGGCAAGGCUUCGAAAGUUAGAUCGAAUGGGAUGGAUGAAGAACAAGGCACAAAAAAGGAAUGGGUUGCAAGAUCUUUCAAUAUGGGUUGCGCACCUCCGAAGACUGCAUUUACCAUGGAUGAAGGAAUAGGACGCCUGGUCUUAGAUUCAGGAAAGAGUCAAUACGUGUCAAAUCCAUUUUGGGCAGAAUUAUCGCAGGAGAUAGCCGAGCUUCGUGCCAUGUUUGAUGAGGAUGAAGAGGACAGCGAUGGAGACUCCCCGAUUCCACCUCCAUCUUCAACCACCCAGCCAGAUCAUCAAAGUUUUGUGAUGGGGUAUAGCUCUGCGGACGUCAAUAUGAAGGCUUUACAUCCUCUGCCUUCCCAAAUACCUUUCUACUGGUCAACGUUUUUGGAGAAUGUGAUGCCGCUGGUUAAGCUUCUUCAUGUGCCUACGAUGAAUAAGGUCAUCAAAGAGGUUCAGCACAACCUAGAUACGAUAAGCAAGAGCACAGAAGCUUUGAUGUUUUCCAUAUACUUCGCAACUAUCACUUCCAUGUCAAAUGAAGAGGUUGCUACCAAUUUCGGGGUCGAAAAAGAUACUUUGGUCAAGAAGUAUCGAUUUGGUACAGAGCAAGCUCUUGCCAGGGCAUCCUUCCUCAACUCAAACGAGAUUGUCACUGUUCAAGCAUUUGUAUUAUUCUUAAUUUGCGUUCGUAGACAUGACGAUACUCGAUUCGUAUGGUCCCUGACUGGACUUGUCAUGAGGAUUGGCCAAUCACUUGGACUGCAUCGUGAUGGAGAGAAGUUUGGCUUAUCCCCCUAUGAUACGGAAAUGCGAAGACGACUUUGGUGGCAAAUAUGUGUGCUGGACGUGAGGGCGUCUGAGGACCAUGGAUCUGACCCUUCAAUAUUUGAUCACACAUUUGAUACCAAAUUUCCACUUUCGAUCAAUGAUGCAGAUUUAGAUCCUGAUGCGAAAGAACCACCACAACCUCGAGAAGGAGUUUCAGAGAUGACUUUCGUACUCAUUAGGUUCGAGAUAUGUGCUUUGUCGAAGCGCCUUCAAUAUACACCUCCAGGUCGUGGUCCUUGUCCUAUGGGAAAUCCAAUAAGACUCACACUCGAAGAGAAAGAGGAACUGAUUAAGGAUUGCGCUGCUCGACUCGAGGAAAAGUAUCUUAAGUAUUGCGAAAAUGCCGGACCUCUCUACUGGGUUGCAGGUACGGUGGCACGGCUCAUCUUUGCAAAGAUGUCGUUAAUAAUCUACCAUCCGUUAAUCCAACCGGGUAGGCCUCAGUGCCUAUCUCCAGAUACCAAAGACCGUCUUCUCACGGCAUCUAUCGAAAUUAUUGAGUAUUCAAGAAUCUUAGAGACUGAGGCUACUACCAAAAAAUGGGGUUGGCUAUUCCGCACUUACGUACAAUGGCACGCCAUUGCCUUCAUUCUUGGCGAACUCUCCAUCCGCAGGAACUCUCCGAUCGUAGAGCGAGCCUGGCAAGCUAUUGACAUUGCAUUCGAUGAUUGGAGUGACGCCGUCGGCAGCAGCAAACGCGGCAUGUUUUGGCAACCCAUGCGAAAACUAAUGGCGAGAGCCCGUAGAAAGCGAGAAGAGAAUACAAAUCUGAUGGAUGAAGAAAACGGCGAAGAUCAUUGGGGAGGAGCCCCUCACGAUUGUCUUAUCGCCCAACGCAGGACUCAUGCGUCAAUUAAUGACGCCGCUAAUGCACCUUCAUUGGAGGCGCAACCAACUCAUAACCAUUUAGAGCAACAACAAGUUUACGACGGUAGUUUCGACAUGAAUGUUCCUCCCCAGGUAGUAGGUAUGGGUAUGCUAGCCCCCGAGCAGAUACAACUCCAGCUCCAAAUACAGCAACAUCAGUUACAGGGCCAAAAUCAAAUACCCUGGCUAAUGGAUGACAAUGCAUUAUUGGAUCUUGAUAUGAAUGCCCUUGAUGGUGAUACUAGUUGGAAGGGUUGGGACGAUUUGGUUAGGGAUUUCCAAAGCGAGGCAGGUCAACAAGUACCAGAUGCAAAUCCUUUGGGGGGAGUGGGAAAUUGGUGGUGA